AUGGCGUCUUGUGAAAAUUAUUCAAAGUUCGAAUGCGACAUGUUAGACAAUAAACUCAAUUUAAAAGAUGAACUAACACAGGUUGGUUUCGACCAUAUUCCUCCCGGUCCCGACCGGGAUAGGCGUAUAUCAAGGGCACAGACAGCCAGACGUUUGGGCAGUAAAGUGCCUCCGCCAUACCCCAAUGGAUGGUACGCAGUGGCAGAGAGCAGAGAAUUAAAAACAGGAGGAGUACAGGCUGUAGAUGUUUUAGGUCAAAAUCUUUGCGUAUAUCGUGGCGAGGAUGGUGCAGCGCGUUGUGUAGACGCGUACUGCCCUCAUCUAGGUGCCAAUCUUGCAGUAGGUGGCAGUGUGUGUGGAAAUUGUAUCGAAUGUCCGUUCCAUAAGUGGCGUUUUAACGAAGAAGGCGCUUGUGUCAGUGUCCCCGGUGUUGAACAAGCUCCCAAAGGCGUGUCCAUAAAACAUUGGACAACAAGUGAAGUGGACGGUGCCGUUUGGAUCUGGUACGAUGCGGAGCACAGAGAGCCUCUGUGGAAUAUAUCUGACGCACCAGAGUUGAAGAGUUGGGGAUACAGAGGAAGGAAUGAAUACAUCGUGAGCGCACAUAUACAGGAAAUACCAGAAAAUGGUGCGGACGUGGCACAUCUGAACGCUGUACAUUCGCCUUCCCUAUUGACUAGUCUUGGAGAGAAAUUCCCAUUCCUGUAUAACAUCAUAGGUUGCCACGAAUGGUCGGCUAAUUGGAGCAAAGGUGAGGAUCACACAUCAUACAUCACUCUGACGCACGAUUACAAGAUAUUGAAGUACAACGUGCUUCAUAUUGAUGCCAAAAUUACCCAGAUUGGUCCAGGUAACGUGCGUCUCCUCAUCAAUUGGCCUUUGGGUCCAAUACUGAUCUCACAGUCGGUGACCCCACUAAGUGCCAAUUUACAGAAGGUCGUCCACAGGAUGUUCUCACCAGCUUACAACGCGCCCGCAGCUGCUGUGUUCGUCAAAACAGAAGGCGCAAUGUUCGAACGGGACGUAGCGAUUUGGAACAGCAAACGUUUCGUCUCAGCCCCCGCCUACGUCCGCACAGACAAAACAAUACGCGCAUUCCGAAGUUGGUUUUCACAGUUCUAUAGCGAAAACAGUCUUAGUUUCCGAGACGCUAUGCAAAAUACAUUAGAAUGGUAA